CUUUAUACUCAUCUUACCACUGAUACACUCCCCACAAACACACACACACACACACACUCUGAAGGAACUCUACUAGAGCAGUGAGCUGAUACACGUGGGUGUGUGUCAGUGUGUGUGUGUGUGCGCUCGGAGGCAACAGAGGGGAUCUCUGAGGAUACACGGAUGAGAAAGAGGAGUGGGGGAAGCCAAGGAAGAGGAGCCCGAGUGUGUUUCGCCCCGGGGGGAGCUCACACACACCGCAGACAGCACACACACGCCAGCAGGCACUCUGCACUGUUUCCCUGACAACUAGAAUGGGCUGCAAUUUGUGCACCUUGCAGAAACGGGAGGAACACUACAAACUGCUGUAUGAGAUUGCACAGGUGAACGGGCGCAACUUCUCCAAGGUGGAACAUGAGGAGGCAGUGGUGGAGGCCAUCAGGCGAGACCCCAUCGUUGUCCAGGUUCUCCGGCAUACACCCACAAGAGCCACGGCCGCUGUCGGACACAACCACAACUGCAUGCAGCAGGAUGUGUGUGUGGUGGAUGUAUGCACGCAAACGGACAUCACCUUCGAGCACAUUAUGGCGCUGGCGAAGCUACGGCCUGCGACUCCGCCCGUUCCUGACAUCUGUCCUUUCCUUUUGUCCGACAGUUGUCACUCCAUCCACACCAUGGAGCAUGAGUUUUAUGAAUGUCCAGAGUACCUGUCCAAUAUCCCAGCAGAGGUGGAGAGGACUGAAGAUUAUGAGUAUGAGGAAGUGGAGCUGUGCAGGCAGAACAGCCAGGAGAAGCUCGGCUUGACGCUGUGCUACAGGACCGACGAUGAGGAGGACAGCGGCAUCUAUGUCAGCCAGGUGGAGCCAAACAGCAUAGCAGCGAGGGAUGGGCGCAUCAAGGAAGGAGAUCGUAUUCUACAGAUAAAUGGCUUUGAAGUGCAAGACAGAGAGAAAGCUGUUGCCUUGUUAUCAAGUGAAGAAGCAAGAAGCAUCACACUCCUGGUGACAAGACCAGAAAUCCAGCUCGAGGAGGAGGUAUGGCUGGAUGACGAGCAGCAGGAGCUCGUGGAGGAGCUGAAGAAAGAGAUCCUGGAGGAGAGGAGGAAGCAGAAGGAGCGCAACUUUGACAGGGGAGAUGAGAAUCUAGCUGAAGAAGACAUGACAACAGACACAGCUACAUAUUCCUCCACGAAUCAAGACAGUGGGUUUGGACGCAGUACAGACAGUCCAGAGCACCAACCCCUCCUGGCUGGACUCAACAGGAGGUCUCCAGCUCAUUGCCUGAGAGAGCGAUGGCGGGCAGAUCACCCACACGCAAAACAAGGGAUUGGUGUUCAGCAGGAAACUAAAGGUCCAAGGACAAGGUCCAAAAGUCACAGCCAGGAAGGGGGAAUCAAUAAUCGUAAUAGUGGAGGCGGGAUACUUGGUUUAGAAAAUCGCUUCCAGCAACUCCUAGAGCUCAAGUGUCAAAUCCGCAAUGGAGGCGAGUGUGGGGUGUACUCCAUUCGACACAGUAUAGAGUGUAGUGUCACUGAGCAAGGGGUGGAGGGAGAUGGCGAAGAUCGGGUUAGAGGAGGAGGGAAUGGAGUGGAGCAGGAGUUGAGGAUGCUGAAUGAGGAACUGUGCAGCAUUGAGCUUGAAUGCCAGAGCAUCAUGCAAGCGCACCAACUCCGUCAAAACCAGCUAAAUCUCUCACAGCCAGCGUCCUGCUCACCGGGACGGAGCCCGAAGGAGGGACACAAGCGGCACGGCAGGUUGGCCGACAUCCACGAACACCCAGAACGGUCGGACAAUGACAGGAUCCGAGAGAAGGACAGCUCCAGUGCCUACAACACAGCUGAGAGUGCUCGGUCGACACCCCUGGGUAUGGAGAGAUCUCCUGAUCAUUCACUGCAGAGACACAUCAGCUUCACAAACCAGAAAAACCUCAGACUGGCUUCCUCCACGCCCUCCCGCCCCAUUGCGAUCCAAAAGCCACAAGGUACACCGAGUCAUAACAGACCAUCAGAUCCAGGCACUGUUAUCUCCAGCAGCCCGGACCAGAGCAACCCUUCCCGAUCCGAGUCAGACCCUGCCCUACCAGCAGAUGAUGAGAGGUGUGAAAAGAAAAGAAGGACAAGAGAGUCCAGGAGGGGGCUUCCCUAUGGUUCUUAUCAGACAACCCCACAUCCAGGCCAGGGAGGAUCCAGGCAGCUGCAGAGCUACAUGCAGCUGCUACAACAGCACUCGUCCCUGGAGUAUUCCCAGAGCCAGUUGAGUCUGCUCAGUGUCUGUCGAGAUCCCGUGCACCGGAGCGGACGCCCUGGGGAACCCCGUCUCGAAUGGAAGGUCAAGGUUCGAGCUGACGGCACACGCUACGUGGCGCGGAGGCCUGCUCGCGACCGCAUCCUGAGGGAGCGUGCGCUAAGGAUAAGAGAGGAGAGGAGCGGAGGCAUGACCACGGAUGACGAUGCCAUGAGCGAGAUGAAGAUGGGCCGCUACUGGAGCAAAGAGGAGAGGAAGCAGCACUUGGCGCGUGCCAGGGAGCAAAGGAAGAGGAGGGAGUUCAUGCAAAAGAGCCGCCUCGAUUGUCUGAAGGAGGGGCCAGCCAGUGGAGCUGAGGGCAGGAAGGAAAUCAAUAUCUUGGAGCUCAGUCACAAAAAGAUGCUGAAGAAACGGAACAAAAAGAUCCUGGAUAACUGGAUGACCAUCCAGGAGCUCAUGAGUCAUGGGGCUAGAGUCCCAGAGGACUCCAAAGUGCACCACAGUGCAUUCCUUUCUGUCACAACGGUCUAGCAGAUACUUCAGAUUUGUAGGUUCUCUAAGAUCCUGCAUUUCAGGAACUAAUGCUCGGUGAAAAAAGGUUCAGUUAGUGAAGUACAAGUUACAAAUGUCACUGCUGAGGACUUCUGUAGCAUCUCUAUGGCAACUUCGUAUCUCUCUUAGAAUGUUUUAAAGGUUUUCUAUCUCUAUCAUUUCAAGACCUCGGCCAUUAAAACCUUUCACCAUUUUUACACUGGCUUUUCGGUCACUUGGUAAUGGACUUGCUUCUGAUAGCAGAUGAUUUUUUGUAGCAUAUUGGUUUGAACUGAUAAUAGUGCAGAACCAAUACAAUAACUCCAUGUACACUACUGUAUGUUUUGUCUCUAUGUCUUGUGUUUCAUUGCAUAUGAAGCGACUUCACUUGCCUCGUUCCAGGUGGCAUUUUUUAUAAUGGGAAAAUUAGGAUAUUUUUCACGCUUUGUAAACUCUGUAACUUUUUGUAAACGAUUUUUUACCCUGAAUGUCAUUGUACUGUAAACAUUUGAUUGAAAUUUCUUAUUUAUCACGAAACCAUCAUGGUCCACGUUGACACUAUGUGAUUGUACUGUCGCUUGCAUUGUAUUCCAGACCAUCAAAGAGAAAUUCUGAAUCCCCUGAACUCAUCUCACAGUAUAAGUUGUAUCUCAAAAGCUCAUGUUGUUCUUGAGCUGCUUUACCUCACAGUACAGUCCAAACUCUGAAAUGGUUGAAUCCAUUUAAUUGAAUGGUUGACUUUACCCUCGAGUCAA